AUAGUGAUAUCCGUUGAUUAAUAUGUGAUUGAGGAGCUUGGUUUUAUUGGGGUUUUUCUGGGUUUUGGAGAUACGAUAAUUUUAUAAAUUGUUCUGCUUCCAAGUGCGUGUCUUUCGUGCUUGCUUAGUUUGCCAUAGUUUUUGUUGAAUUUUGAGCUUCUAUGCUUUGUGUGCGGAGGAGCUAUGUGGGUAAUCACAUUAUUGUAUAUUUCUGUUAUAUGAAGAGUUAAUGUCAUGUUUGGUACUGCAUGGUCAAUUAAUAAUCAAACCAUGAUGGCAGCAAUUAAGGAUCACUUAUUGAUUUGGUGAAAAUAUAUUUUCAACAUGUUACUAGGGUUAGGUAGAUUCCUGCAAGACCUGCUACAAGACUUAGGUUGGACUGGAAGUUGGGUGGGAUGGUUGUUUUUGUGUUUCUUACUUCCUUUUUCCUGUUUUUUUCCUCUCAUUUGGGUGUGUGUUGGUGGGGGUGGGGUCGUCUGUUGCCUUGCAUUGAAUUUAGGCAGUGUGAAGGGGAAGGAUUGGUAUUCCAAUUGCUGUUAGUGCCUUUACCAUAUACUUGAGAUUAAUUUAAUUAGUUCCGGUUUUUUGUUUCGGAAUUGUAUUUCCAAAUACCAUUAGAUUUUUCUAUAUUACUUUGGCAUUGUCUCUUAAUUACUUUGUAUUUUGGGGAUUCUAUACUUAGUUUUUGAAAGAGCGAAUAUUAUGAGCAAUGGACUGCAAUAUCUCAUAUAUAAUAUGUCUAUCUCACGAGUCCCAUGAAGCGUUUUGUAGUCCUUAGAAUUCCAUGCAAUGGAUGCCUGGUAUUAUGGGUCAAGGCGUAUAUUGGUAAUUUUCAAUACAUUCCUAAAUCGGUUUGGUAAUUUUCAAUUUCUAUCAAUACUUUACAUGUGGUCAUUUGUUCAUUCCCUUUUAUAAAUCAUUAGUGUUGUGUCGGUAGCAAGCUGCACCACUAUAGUAAUUUAAUAUCCUUUCCUCCCAAAAAUUAAGCUAUCUUUUCUAGUAUGCCAAGUUGCCAACAAUCCUUUUUUUAAGGUAAGCAGUUUACCUUGGGUUUAUUUGAUUUGAAUGAAGGUCCAAGUGAAUCUUUCAGAGGAGAGUAUACAAAGGGGGCAAGUGUCAACCUUUUUUUUGAGGUUUUUAGAAAUAUAAUAAUGUUGGCUAGUCAUAUGAGAUGUUACGAUACAAAAUAGGUUGGGCAUCACUUGGCAGAUGUGGGGACUGAAAGAAGGAGACUAAGCAGGAUUGGGCGAUAUGAUUUAUCAAUACCUGUAGGACACAAUAAACAACAGGCAAUUUACCUAUGGAUCACCAAGGUCGUGGACAGUCCCCAGCAGGUGCGGCUGGUAAUGCAGCUCAAGUGCCAUAUGGCAUGGCAUAUCAACAUUCUGCUCCUGGAUCGAUUCAAUCUCCUUCUCAUCCUUCAGGCCUUGCCGUCUCUUCAGCUCAGCUUGCGCAACACCAGCUUGCUUAUCAACACAUCCACCAACAGCAGCAACAACAACUGCAACUACAACUCCAGAAUUUUUGGGCUAGCCAGUACCAAGAAAUCGAGCAAACUGCUGAUUUUAAGAAUCAUAGUCUGCCGCUUGCUAGGAUUAAGAAGAUUAUGAAAGCAGAUGAGGAUGUGAGGAUGAUAUCAGCCGAAGCUCCAGUCAUAUUUGCCAGGGCGUGUGAGAUGUUCAUCCUAGAGUUGACACUGCGGUCUUGGAAUCACACAGAGGAAAACAAAAGGAGGACACUCCAAAAGAAUGACAUUGCAGCAGCAAUAACAAGGACUGAUAUAUUUGAUUUUCUGGUAGAUAUUGUUCCGAGAGAGGAUAUGAAUAACGAGGUACUUGCAUCAGUCCCAAGAGGGAACCUUCCGGUUGGAGGCCCAUCAGAUGGUCUUCCUUAUUAUUACAUGCCACCCCAGCUUGCUCCACAGGUGAGUGCUCCAGGGAUGAGUGUGGGUAGACCUGUGAUGGAUCAAGCUCUCUUUGGUCAACAACCUCACCAAUAUAUGUCUCAGCAGAUGUGGAUGCAACAACAACAACAACAUCAACAGCCGCAGCCACCUCCGGAUUCUUAAGCAGAUUGGGGAUCGCUAUAAUGAACUCAAGAAGGAUGGCAUGAGCUGCCUGUUACAAGUCAAAUCAUCUCUUAUAACAAUUACCACAUGUUUUGUCUAAAAACCUAAGUUUGUUCCUGUUUUUUUUUUUACCUAAUUCACAACUCCCUACAAGGUAGUGAACUCUGGUGCUGUAGAUAAUUGGUUUAAUGAUUCUCGUUAUGAUUAUGUUGAAAUCUAAGUUUUUUCAGUUCCCUCAUGUUAUAUAUGGGUUGUGUACGGUUUUAUUCUUUUAAUGUUAUUGUAUGGUUGAUUU